AUGAGAAUCUGCGUAUUUCAAUCUUGCUUCGAGGAGCUCCAGGCUUCAGUCGGCGAAUCGGAGUCACAACAACUAUGCAUGAAUCCAGGCGUCUUUACGACUCAACAUCACGUAUCACACAAGACCAUCCACAAAAAGACAGCUAAGCAACAAAUCGACGAGGCGGUCGCAGAGGGUUAUGACUUUUAUUUAAAUUUCCUUUGGGGCACACAUGAGGACUCACUAGCUGGUAUUGAUGCGAUCCGAUACUUCGAGUCGCUUAAUCUGCCACAUGCCGGUGUCCAAAGCUCGGAAAGAUCGCAGUCCAAAUGGGAUUUCUUCGCCGAAGCCAAGCGAGCCGGCAGUCCGCUCAUUCCUGGCACAGAGUGCUUCCCUCUGUUUGUGAAGCCGGCUUCUAGUUAUGGGAGUAUGUUUAUCGAUGAGCAUUCUCUCUGUCGCGACGAAGCCGAGUUGGAGAGCUGUAUCCACCGGUUGAACACGCUGAUGCGCCCUGUACGGAUUCAACGAGCACUGGCGCUGGGACAUCAGGAUGGAGAGCAGUACGCCAAUGCAUGCGAAGCUGCAGGACGGGAGAGCACGGAUAUCGUGGUUCAGGAAUUCAUCGCUGGAGAAGAGUACUCUGUAGUUGUGAUUGCGAUGGGCGAAAGCCCCAUUCCGCUGAUCCCUCAACGCGCAAAAUACAAGCAGGUUGGCGAUAACGCGCGAAUCUUGACGCUAGAAUUAAAAUUUGAUGCAGAGUCUGGUUAUGAGCUCAUGUCCGAAGAUGAAGAUCCGGCAUUGUGGAAACAUCUCCAAGAGACAGCCGUCGAAGCUUUCACGACCAAAAAAAUGUACACAAAUGGCAUGGGAUGUGACGUGGAUAUGCGAAUCGGUCAAGAUGGGAGAGCUUAUGUGAUCGAAGUUGAUCCUCUUCCUGUGUUCUUCUAUCCGCCUGGGUCGCAGCUUGAGGAUACGGAUGUCAAGUACGGAUUCCCUGGGGCGUACAGGGCCGUUAUCAACACUUACAUCACGAAUUACUUCCUCAAGAACCCGGGUGUGCGAGGAGCCCGUUUCGCUGAGCUGGCGUCACUUUUUGAUGAGAUGCCUAUGACAAGUUGUGCGCCGGAUCAGACUACAGAAAUAACUGCACUGUCAUCGUUCAAAGGCACUGCACUCGAUCUCGGAUGUGGAACGGGCAGUCUGGGUCGUGCUUUGAAAUCCAACCCACGGAAUCGAAUUACCCACUUGGUUGGAGUCGAUAUCUCAAAGAAGAUGCUGGGUAUAUGUCACCAAGAAGGCGGGUAUUGUGAUUUGAUUCACGAUCGCAUGGAGUCCUUCCUCGCAACACGAACAGAAACAGUCGAUCACAUUUUCUGUGCCUCGGCCUUGGAGUUCCUUCCCAUGGAAGAGCUGGAUUUCGUACUUGCUCGAUGCUUCCAAUUGGCCACACGGUCGAUAACAGUUGUCAUUGAGAAUCCCAAGUCAAGCCAGAAAUAUAAUUCCGCGCCUUGGAAUGGGGUUCAAAAAUAUACCAUGGACCAUUCCGAGAGCAUCAGGACCUUCCAAAUUCAGCGGAGUUGGAGUAUGCGUUCUUCAGUGACAGAUAAAAGUCACUUGGUGUUCCAUUUCCAGCGGGACCAGGAUUCAUAG